CAUUUGGAAACUCGGGCACCGCCCGAGGGCCCGGGGUCAGUAGGGGGCCCCAUGAGAUGCCCCUGGUACCUUUUUCAUAGGCUUUUUUGAGUCUGGGCAAGGACACAGGGGCCCCAUGAUCCCCAAUUGCCUGGGGGCCCCAUGAGUUGUCAGUCCACCCCUGUAUAUAACCUGAUUAUUUUUUUCUACUUGGGCUUAGUGUGUGUCUAUUUACUUGUAAUAACCCACUGCCAA